UCCCACCCAAACCAUUCUGUGAUUCUACGAUCUGCUCCUGCUCCUGCUCCCAUCGGUGGCUGGAUCCUAGGCUCCGAGAGGGAUGUGAACAUCCAGGGACAAAUCCCCAUCAGUCCCCCAUCAGGGGGGACACCAGGGCCAUGCAGCCCCUUGGAGAACCCCACUCUGUGCCCCGGGCAUGUCCCCUCUGUGGCCGUGCACAGCAGCCCUGCGCCACCCGCUCCCUCGGCCACCCUGCUCACUGCACAGGGACCCCCAGGUCUCCCUCCCCACCAGUGCCACGACAUCCCCCAGCCCUGCCCGUCUCCCUGCCCGCUCUCCCUGCCGGGGGUCCCGGUGCAGCCUGCCAGCCCCUCAGCCCGCAUCCCUACGUUGCAGAGAGACCUGUGGAAGAUGUCGAACCCGAGAAACGGCGACACCAAGCCCCCAUGUUUGCCCCGCAAUGGACUGGUGAAGAUCCCCACACAACCCAACGGCCUCGGCUCCGCCAGCAUCACCAAAGGCACCCCCGCCGUGAAGAACCGCCUGUGCCAGCCUUCCUCUGUGCCUGCCAUCCUCAGCCCAGCCUUAGCCCACCGCAGCGACCUGCCCAUCCCCAGCCUGGCCUCCCCGCUCUCCUUGGCCACUCUGGCCAGUGUCUCCUCCCCUCCCAGUGCUUCCUUGGUGGGACUGAACACGAGCGAAGGCUCGGAGCAGCCCUCGCCGGAGCGGCUGCCCGGCUCGCCCUCAGAAAGGCAGCUGGCGGUGGACGAGAAGAUCCUCAACCGCUUGUUCUGGUACUUUUCGGCAUGCGAGAAGUGUGUGCUGGCGCAGGUGUGCAAGGCGUGGCGGCGGGUGCUCUACCAACCCAAGUUCUGGGUGGGCUUGACGCCUGUCCUGCACACCAAAGAGCUCUACAACGUCCUGCCCGGCGGCGAGAAGGAGUUUGUCAGCCUGCAGGGCUUCGCCGUCCGCGGCUUCGAUGGCUUCUGCCUCGUGGGCGUCUCUGACCUGGACAUUUGUGAGUUCAUUGAUAACUACCCCCUCUCCAAGAAGGGGGUCAAGUCCAUGAGCCUUAAGAGGUCGACCAUCACGGACGCAGGGUUGGAGGUGAUGCUGGAGCAGAUGCAGGGCGUGGUGCGGCUGGAGCUGUCGGGCUGCAACGAUUUCACGGAGGCCGGGCUGUGGUCCAGCCUCAACGCCCGCAUCACGGCGCUGAGCGUCAGCGACUGCAUCAACGUGGCCGACGACGCCAUCGCCGCCAUCUCGCAGCUCUUGCCCAACCUCACCGAGCUCAACCUGCAAGCCUACCACGUGACGGACACGGCGCUCGCCUACUUCACUGCCAAGCAAGGCUACACCACCCACACCCUCCGCCUCAACUCCUGCUGGGAGAUCACCAACCACGGCGUGGUCAACAUGGUCCACAGCCUGCCCAACCUGAGCGUCCUCAGCCUCUCGGGCUGCUCCAAGGUGACAGAUGAUGGUGUGGAGCUGGUGGCCGAGAACCUGCGGAAGCUGCGCAGCCUCGACUUGUCGUGGUGCCCCCGCAUCACCGACAUGGCCCUGGAGUACAUCGCCUGCGACCUGCACAAGCUGGAGGAGCUGGUGCUCGACAGGUGUGUGCGGAUCACCGACACCGGCCUCAGCUACCUGUCCACCAUGUCGUCCCUGCGGAGCCUCUACCUGCGCUGGUGCUGCCAGGUGCAGGAUUUUGGCCUGAAGCAUCUCCUGAGCAUGGGCAGCCUGCGCCUCCUCUCCCUGGCCGGCUGCCCCUUGCUGACCACCACGGGGCUGUCGGGGCUGGUGCAGCUGCAGGAGCUGGAGGAGCUGGAGCUCACCAACUGCCCCGGGGCCACCCCGGAGCUCUUCAAGUACUUCUCCCAGCACCUCCCGUGCUGCAUGGUCAUCGAGUAG